AUGGUCCUUGAGAAGUUACUCUCUAUGGUUUAUAACUUCAUGAGCCUAAAAGGGCAACCAAGAAUCAAGGAGCCUCCGGCUUCUUGUGAGGUGGAUGUAGUCAAUGUUGAGCAUAAGGUUGAAGAGGCAUUGGCUGAAUCUGCUACAGAUUCCAUUGUAGGUGAAGGUGAGUUCUGCUGCGUUUGCUUGUCAAGACUAGAGGGAGAAGAAACCACCAUCCUUCCUUGCAUGCACGAGUUUCACAAGGAAUGCGUUGAGAGGUGGUUCCACGCAUGUAGAAAGACCUGCCCUGUUUGCCGGUUUGCCAUGGAAGAAGACAAGUGUUACUAUGCAGGGGAAUUUUUCACUGAGGAGAUGUUGAUCUAUUUUUCUUCUUUUCAUGCAGCUGGCUUCUGA